ACCGUGUUAGUCAUCGAGUCAGUGAAGGAGAGCAACUUGGGCGUCUACCAGUGUAUCGCGCGGUCUCUGACCCGCGACGGUAAGACCGAUGAGUGGGUCUCCGCUUACGCCAUCCUCGCACUCCAUCCUGAUGAAAUUGUCUCUAAAGCCCUGAACGCUGUGCGCUUCUUCCUCGGAGAGGCACCAACUAUUUUUUCCCGCAUUUGGUCGCAUGAAUUUGAAGAAAAUUCUGCUGAUCUAUCCAGAUUUGUGCCUCUACAUCCGCCCCAGUCUGUUCAGCCCGCAGCCGUCGUCUGGGAAAUAGGGCGUUAUCUUGCGGACGGGAACUCCUCUUUGGCGUUGCCCAUAAAGGGCUGUCGGAGUAAAAAAAGGACCUAG